AUUUAAACGAGAUGGCGCCGGGAAAAAAUAAAAAUAAUAACAGUAGUUAAAAACGGGAAGGUUGACAGGUAUGGUGCUAGUCUAUACACUAAUCUCCGAUCCACACUCCUUACCACACGGUGGCGGAAAUUUCCCAAACUUUAGUGCGAACCGCCAUUUCAAAUCAGAGAAGAAAAAAAGAUGAACGAAAAAAAGGUGGACCCAAGCGUGAUUACUUUUCAAGAGUUUAGUUUUGUGCUGUGGUGCUCACCGGCCAUGUGACGUUUCGGGUAGGCAGUGAGGAUGUUUAUAACACUGUGUUACAUGUAUUUGUGGGUGCGGUUCCAUAAAUGCUAUUCAGUGCUGAUCCGCAGCAGACUGUCAGCACUAAAGAGCGACAGAAGCCUGAGCUUCAUCCGCUCAGCUUCAGUCAGCGCUAUCCCUCCACGCCGGCAAAACCCACUCUCUCCCGAGGACAACAUCUUUCUGCAGCUGGGAGACAAGGCAGUCACUUUAACUGACCUUCAGGUAUGUGAUGACCUCAUCACAUGGACUGUGUUACCAGGAGCAUCUGUCGUUUGUGGUCCACAAAGAGAGAAUAUUUCGUUCAUCAUAGAAGCUGUGGGACACAGUGGUGCUCACAACAUCUCAAAUGAGAAAGUGCUGAAGUGGUCAGACGCUUGCAUACCGCUGGCUUGCAGCCCUAGCCAGCCAUUCCGAGCAGUGGCUCAGGCCAGUGUAGAUGACUUCAGUCGCCUGGGUGUAGCUUUUUUAGAGGAUCGACUACAACUGGAUAAAGGACUCGUGCCUUCAAAGAUUGUCCCGAUUGUCCUCCACGAAUCCACAGUUAGUGACCUGAUUCAGCGCCCCGAGGACGCCAUAAUGCUGUGCCACACCCACCCUGUAAACGGUCAGCGUUUGCCUUGUCACAUGAUACCACGCCUCCAGCAACCUCAGCGCUGUAACUUACCCCUCACACCUCAUGCAGAGAAGAAGUCAGAAGAACGAGGAGCAGGACAAAGCUGCGUCACCCAUGAUGAAGGUCCUGACUCUGACGAGCACAUGGACAGCCAUGGGCACCAUCUCCAUCUGUCCAGCUGUCAUGAAUGUCUGGAGCUAGAGAACAGCACAAUUCUCUCAGUAAAAUACGCCUCAGCAGAGAACAUUUCAGAUUAUGACUCCCCCCUACAUGUGGACAGUGGGGAUGACGCUUUGGAUGACUUUGAACAUGAUGUCAAAAGUUUUAUGAGCAAAAGCUGUGUGUCUGACCACGACAACAAACUUCCAAAUGUUCUUGUGUACACGAACGGCAGCAAAGAACGUUUUCAUGCAGUUCAGCAGGUUUUAUCGAAGUGUCUAAACAUGGAAAAGUACACUAUAUAUUCCCUGGAGCCACAGCAGGCUUUGAGUGAACCCUGGAUGGACAAUACAAGGCUCCUGGUACUUGCAGAAGAAGAAGCCCUAACCCCUCAGCUUCACACACAAUUUCUGAACUACUUGAGCCAGGGCGGAAGGGUCCUUGGGCUUGCUUCCUCCCUGUGCCCUGCAGGUCUCUCUCUAGAAAAAAGAGAUGACUUGUACGGGCAAUUGCAUCGACUGUGCUUCACACGAGAGGACAACACAGAACUUGAAGUGAGCGUGUUGGCAAGCGGAAAGGUUUUUGUCCGUGAUGUCCCUGGGCGGGUAAAAUUGGAGCUCUGGGGGGAGCUCAAAGAUGGCCCGCAUCAAAAGGAUGCGGUUAUCAUCCGUAUAACCCAUGGAGAGCAUGGAGGGGAAGCUGUCAUGUGUCAGGUACACCUGGAAAAAUGUCCCGCAACUGAAGAUUUAGCUGAUUUACAGAUCAACAGUGCAAUCCAUUACCAAAUCUUGGAAGAGAUCCUGACGUCUCUGGGCUUUAGUUGCCAGCAAAAUCAAACUCCAGCACCAAGUCCAGUUUACCUUCUGGCAACAUCUCAGGAGGCCAAAGAAAAGUUCCUUCAGUGGCUAAACACGCAUGCCAAUCAAAAUGGUCUUGUCACGAUGUCAAAGGCGAUUCUCAGGAUAGCGCCCAGUUCUGAGCUACACAAUUGUGCUUUGCAGCAUGACCGCUCUCUAUUCCUGCUCACCGACUAUCCUGAGCCACAGAUAUGGGAGCACUUCUGUUUGGAAACCUAUCGCAGUAACCUGAAAACGAGUCGACUGGGGCAUACAAUGUUAUAUGCCGAUGUUGUUUCUUCGACCAUGGACCUGAUUGAAGGGCUUAACCUGCAUUUACCAGAGGAUGCUGGAUUAAUAUUGAUAGCUGGUCAACAAAGUCAAGGCAGAGGCAGGGGAAAAAAUGCCUGGCUCAGCCCUGUGGGAUGCGCCAUGUUCACACUCUGCGUGCAAGUGAAGUUAUGCUCCAGGCUGGGACAGAAGAUUUCCUUUCUGCAACACCUGGUGGCUCUCGCUGUAAUUGAAGCUGUGCGCACACUUCCUGGAUACCAGGACAUCGACCUGAGGGUAAAGUGGCCCAAUGACAUCUACUACAGCAACCUGGUGAAGCUUGGAGGAGUCCUAGUGACUUCUACUGUAAUGGGGGCAACCUUUCAUCUGCUAAUAGGCUGUGGCUUCAAUGUGAGCAACAGCGACCCAACAGCGUGCAUCAAUGACCUCAUCCAGCAGUAUAACAUUCAGCACAAUUGCAACCUGCAGCCCCUGAGCUGUGCACAGCUUAUUGCUCGAACUGUAAGCUGCCUGGAGGCCCUCAUGGACCGCUUUCAACAAGGGGGCCCAGAAGCAGUCCUUCCAAUGUACUACAAGAGAUGGCUUCACAGCGGUGCUCAGGUGCGUUUGUGGAGUGAGGAUGGACUCGAAGCGGAGGUGGUGGGUCUGGACAGUAACGGCUUUCUUCAGGUCCACAGCAAGGAGCAGGGCAUCGUUUCAGUGGAGUCUGAUGGAAACUCUUUUGAUAUGAUGAAGAACCUGGUGGUCAUCAAGCAGCAUUAGGAUCAAACACAUUUAUCUCUUUACGUACAGUACGUAAUAUUUUCUUGUACACACAGGGCAGGAUGUUUUAUUGACAUUCCAUGUUAUGUAUUACUCAUAUAGGUGACCAAUAUGCUUCUGUGACAGGUCUGACAAAUUCGUUUUUCACUAAUGACAAUGAUAGCCAAUCCUUUAGUGCAGGGGUGUCCAAUCUGCGGUCCAGAGGCCAUUUACGGCCCGUGGCAGUUUAUUUAUUUGGCUCUCAGCACAUUCUAAAAAUAUGAUGAAACAAGAAAAAAAAUAAACAGCAAAAAUGGAAAAAAGAACAAUAAUUGUACAAGAAUAAAAACAACAUAUAUGAGAGUAAAGUAAUAAUAUUAACAGGAAAAAAUAGCAUGAAGUGGAAAUAUUAAAGACUAUUGUUUGACUAAUUAUCUGUGUUUUAUAAAAAAAUAAUUGCAUUUGUGGUCUUCCCUGCUCAAUAUCACGUGUGCACUUUUAGUGGACAACUAAUUUCUUACAUAUUUUAAUAGACAACACUGAAAAAAUACAAUGUAGUCAGUGUAGUGCUUGUGUAAGAGUGUGUGCAUUUACUAUCUUCUCAAAAUAACUCAACACACAACCAUUCAUGUCCAAACCGCUGGCAACAAAAGAAUACAACUCUAAGGGACAGUGUCCAAAUUUCCAAGAUUUGGUGUGGAUACCAGUGUUUUCCAGCACUGCCUUAACUUUCUUGGGCAUUGUACAAGCUGUGCACUGGCAACCUUACAUUGUAUCAAAGAGUAGUUUCUUUAGUGUUGUCCCGUGAAAAUAUAUAAUAAAACUAGGGGUGUCACAAGAUCUCGCCAGAUUAAAACAUGACUUUGCGUUUCUCUCGGUGAGUGGAGGCGUGGCCGCUACCAUACACACAGAAGAGUGUAACGUAGUAGAAAUUAAGUCAGUAGAUUGCACUGUAUUGUCAUAUUUUUUUAUAUUUUAUCAUUGUACUUUUCUUAAAAGUAAUGUUAAAAUUUAGUCUUGUUCUCGUUAAGCCAAUCUCGUGCAUUGUCUUGUGUCAUGAGCUCAGUGUCACGU